AUGUUGAUCAAGGUCCGAACUCUCACUGGCAAGGAGAUCGAGCUCGAUAUCGAGCCUGACUACAAGGUCUCCCGGAUAAAGGAGCGUGUUGAGGAGAAGGAGGGAAUUCCUCCGGUCCAGCAACGACUCAUCUUCGGCGGCAAGCAGAUGGCGGACGACAAGACAGCCUCAGAAUAUAACCUCGAAGGUGGCGCCACGCUCCACCUCGUGCUCGCUCUGCGUGGAGGAUGCGCUGCGAUGUUGGUGUAA